UCGGGGUUCGUCUGGGGUGGAGCAGGCUCUUUAAAGGUGACUUACCCUGUUGGUGGAAGUAAAGCCGGAGAUUUUUCUCCUAACCUAAUACACGCUCGAUCCAAAGGAGUAACCGGAUGAAGGCAAAGCCGGUCGGUGCCGUAAGGAAACGGUUCUCUAAGAGCUGACUGGGUGUGUGGUGGUCCCUCCUCUCCAAAACGUCCGUGGAGCUUUGCUCCAGCCGCAAACCUGAGAUCCUGGGUGCAGAAACAGUCGAGAGUAAUCUCUUUGGGCGUGCUCUCAGACACGCUUUAAUUACGUGCUGGGGAGAAGACACCCAGCCUGAAAAGCGCUGAUAGAUGCCCGCUGGGUUGGACGCUCGCUAGCUGAAAGCUGAAGCGUGGUCGCCUGUUGGUCUCCAGCCCAUGUAGAGCACAGCAGGAUGCGGGUGACCAUGAGGCGGGUGCUGCUGGCGGUGGGCUCGGUGGUCGCCCUGAUGGUGACUCUGCACCUUGGCCAGCAGGUCCUGGAGUGCCAGCAGGUCCUGAACAAGAGGAGGCACCGGCUGAUGAGGCCGGAGAACGAGGAGCUGGUCAUGAUGGACUCCAACCACGUCGAGUACCGCUACAGCAAGGAGAUGCCCCUGAUAUUCAUCGGCGGCGUCCCCCGGAGCGGCACGACGCUGAUGAGGGCCAUGCUCGACGCCCACCCCGAGGUGCGCUGCGGGGAGGAGACCCGCAUCAUCCCCCGCGUGCUGGCGAUGCGGCAGGCCUGGUCCAAGUCGGGCCGGGAGAAGAUGCGCCUGGACGAGGCGGGGGUGACGGACCAGGUCUUGGACGCCGCCAUGCAGGCCUUUAUACUGGAGGUGAUCGCCAAGCACGGCGAGCCGGCCAGGUAUUUGUGUAACAAGGACCCCUUCACGUUGAAGUCCUCCGUCUACCUGUCCAGGCUGUUUCCCAAUUCCAAGUUCCUCCUGAUGGUUCGAGACGGCCGGGCUUCGGUGCACUCCAUGAUCACACGGAAAGUGACGAUCGCGGGCUUUGACCUGAACAGCUACCGGGACUGCCUGACCAAGUGGAACAAAGCGAUCGAGGUGAUGUACUCCCAGUGCCUGGAGAUCGGGCGGUCCCGCUGCCUGCCCGUCUACUACGAGCAGCUGGUGCUGCACCCCGAGCAGUCCAUGCAUGCCAUCAUGAAGUUCCUGGACAUCUCCUGGAGCGACGCCGUGCUGCACCACGAGGAGCUGAUAGGGAAGCCCGGCGGAGUGUCCCUUUCCAAGAUAGAAAGAUCGACAGACCAGGUUAUCAAGCCGGUGAACAUGGAGGCGUUAUCGAAAUGGAUCGGGCACAUCCCGGGGGAUGUGCUGCAGGACAUGGCCCACAUAGCUCCCAUGCUUGCCAGGCUGGGCUACGACCCGUACGCCAAUCCGCCCCACUACGGCCACCCGGACCCGCUGGUCGUCAACAACACGCACAGAGUUUUAAAAGGGGAAUAUAAAACGCCAGCCAACUUGAAAGGUCACCUGCAGGUGAUGCAGAACACGUCAUCUUCUCACUAAUAAAAUUAAUGAUUUCCAGGCUGCUGCGGACAGCGCCAGGAGGCCGCGGCUGGAGGCGCUGCCCGCGGACAGGACCGGCCGGGCGUGCCCCCGGCCCCCGCCCCAGCCGGGGCUCCCCGGGCCUGGCGCCGGUACCGGCCCCGCUGUGGGGUCGCAGCCCCGGGCCCGGCGGGGGCGGGCCGUAAGGGCCCCCGCCGUGUACAGACUGUAUUUAAGAGUCUAUUAAUAUAUGCGGUGUUACUACA